AUGAGAGUGAAUGUAUUAUUCGUGACAAACGACGAUAUGGUCUACGGAUUCGGCAAUAAUAGCGAGGGAUGUCUGGGUUUUGGACACAACACACCCGUACUAUCACCGCAACUGAUCCCUGAAUUAUGUCACCAAAGCAUACAAUACUUCGUGAAUGGCAUGAAUUUUGUGAUAGCAGUGAACGCCAGGAAUCGGAUCUACGGUUUCGGUAGCAAUACUUGCGGACAAUUGGCCCGCAAUCCGGCCACUCAUAGAUCUAACCUCAAACCGGAGGCAAUCGCGUGCUUUUACGACAGAGAUGUGGUACAAGUGAGUUGUGGGUCAGUCCACGUGCUGGCGCUCACCACCGCAGGCCGGGUGUAUGUCUGGGGCGGCAAUAGUUUUGGUCAACUCGGGUGCGGACUAACCAUGCGCGAAAUCGAGCACAUGUACGAACCCACCGAGUUUGAAUUUGCCGCUAGAUAUACAAUACGUGCCGUGUAUUGUUAUACUUACACCUCGUUUAUCAUCACCACCGAUGGCCAGGUGUUCAGUUGGGGUGACAAUACUCACCACCAAUUGGGACACAAUGUCAGUGGUAUAGCGUUGAGGCCACGACUGAUCGCAACCAUCGGCGGUGUGAAAGCCAUCACUUCCACAGAGUUUAGUACUAUAUUUCACACGACAAACGGCCUGUACUUAAGCGGACUUGAUAAUAAUUAUAACAACCAAUUCAUCGAGAGUUCGGCCAUAGGUUCGAGUGGUUUUGGGACUGUAUUUAAAGUAACGCAUAAAUUGGGCGGAAAAAUAUAUGCCGUUAAGAGACUACAAUUUGCGGAUAGUAAUGAAGAGACAAAACAGGGAGUUCUCGAAGAAGUCAAUGGUUUAUCAAAACUGGACUCAGAUUUUGUCGUCAAAUAUGAAGAUUCAUAUCUCGAGUCCAAUCAUCUCUACAUUCAAAUGCAAUUCUAUUCCCAAAGUCUUCGAACUGUUCUCAAAGAUAAACCCAUUGUCUUCGGGAGACAACCGGAAGACCAGAUGAAUGUCUUUGAAUACUUUACUUCGUGUGAAAUAUUUAAAGAAAUUCUAGAAUGUGUUGAAUAUCUCCACGAAUCGGAUCCACCGGUCAUUCAUAGGAAUCUAAAACCGGAAAACAUAUUAAUUGAUCCCAACUUUACAUCCAAUCGCUUCAUAAAAGUGUGUGACUUUGGUUUAGCCACUGAUCACAACACCCGUAGACAGACUAUCAGUCCAUUUGUGCACUCAGUUUGUGGUACUUUUGGAUAUAUAGCGCCCGAAGUACUUAUGGGUAAACAAUAUGACCACAAAUCAGACAUUUAUAGCCUCUCUAUAAUCGGCGAAGAGUUGUUUGGCAUUGAUCUCCAGGAGUGA